AUGUGUUUUGAAAAAUGUGCACGGUGCAUUGGCAUUGCACUGAUACCUUUGGCUGUUCUGUCUGUUGUGGCUGACAUUUUGCUCUAUUUCCCAAAUGGUGAAACAAAGUAUGCAGAGAAGGACCAGCUCACCACCUUGGUGUGGUUCUUUGAAGGAAUCGUUGGAGCGGGCAUAUUGAUGAUUUUGCCUAUUGUGGUGUUUAUUGGCCUCAAAGAUAAUGAUUGUUGCGGUUGUUGUGGGAACCAGGACUGUGGGAAGAGCUGUGCAAUGUUGGCCUCAGUUCUGGUGGCUCUGAUCGGGAUGGCUGGUGCUGGAUACUGCUUCAUUGUUUCUGCUCUGGGUUUAUCACAAGGCCCGUACUGCCUCACAGAGCUGGGGUGGCAAUACCCCUUUAACAGCACCAAUGGAAGGUACCUCACCAACUACACCUCCUGGAGUGAGUGCACUGAACCAAAACACGUUGUGACCUGGAACACUACUUUAUUUUCUAUCCUCCUGGUAGUCAGUGGAGUUGAAAUCAUCCUGUGUUUUGUUCAGUUAAUAAGUGGCUUGGUUGGAGGGAUUGUUGAAAGCUGCUGCCAUUGCCAAGAGAUCGUGAGAUGCAACGAUAUUGAAGUCAACGUGUACGAGGUUCAAGAAUGAUGUUUAAGAGGCAGCUACUCAGUGUCAGAAAGGAAGAGGGUGUGAACUUCUGUGGGUCCUGCUGCUCUGCACUGGAGGUCCUUGCUGUUGUCGUCUGCUUGUCCGAAAUCAAGCCGCUGAAUUGUCUCAGACUCUUGUCCCCCCUUGCUUUAAAUAGGGCUUUACCAGGUUUCUGGGUAAAGUCCGAGGAAACUCAGAGCCCAUGUAAUAUUUUCAGUUAUUCUUAAACUUUAGACAGUGUCGUGUGUAAAUUGUAUUUAAGAUCUUUCUACCUAUAAACAAGAGGGUGCUGCACAUUGCUGUCAAAUCUAAAAACAAUUAUAAUAAUGAAGACCCAAGACUUUCAGGGCACCUCAUCGGAUUGCUCAAUGAGUAGAACAUUUAUGCGAUUUACAUUAGUCAGGUUACUUCCUUAUAGUCACUUCUUGGCAUUUUUCUAUAUUUCUAUAUGUUGUGGUUUGUUUUGUUCCAUUUUAUUAAUUGCUAUUCAUGGUUGCCAUGGGAUAAUUUGACGUUUGUGUUCCAUGGGCUGUUGCAUGGUAAUCGAAUGAGUUGCUGGGAAACUUGAAGUUGGAAGAAUUCGAAAGACCACCUGCGAUUUAUGUCGAUCCCAUAAUAUCUGGAGUUUUGGAUCAUUAUUAGAUCAAGGCUGAUUUAUGUUUAGCCGCCUCAGUUCCAUUUCCCUUAACACUAUGCCUAACAAAACCCUAUUAAUCUCAGUUUGGAGAUUUUCAAUUGACUCCUAACCCCAACAGCUUUUUGUGGGGCUGAUCAACAGACAAACAGCAAGCUGCUGGAGGAACUCAGUGGGUCAAGCAGCAUCUAUGGAGGCAAAGGCAUGGUCAAUGUUUCGGGCUGAGACCCUGCGUCAGGAAACAUUGACUGUCCCUUUGCCUCCGCAGAGGCUGCCUGACCUGCUGAGUUCCUCCAGCAGCUUGUUUGCUGAAGUUGGUAUUGGUAUUGGUACUGGUUUAUUAUUGUCAGUUGUACAGUGAAAAACUUGUCUUGCAUACCGUUCAUACAGAUCAAUUCAUUAUACAGUACAUUGGGGUAGCACAGGGUUAAAACAAAAACAGAAUACAGAGUAAAGUGUCACAGCUACAGGGAAGUGCAUUGCAGGUAGACAAUAAGGUGCAAGGUCAAACAAGGUAGGUUGUGAGGUCAAGAGUCCACCUCAUUGAAAAAGGGAACCAUUCAAUAGUUUUAUCAUAGUGGGAUAGAAGCUGUCCUUGAGCUUGGUGGUAUGUGCCCUUAGGCUCCUGUAUCUUCUGCCUGAUGGGAGAGACUUGCAGUUACCAGAAGGAAUAGAGGGGAGAGGAGUUUGGUAGCUGGGACUAGCUUGGAUGGGGCAUCUUGGUCGGCAUGGACCAGUUGGGCCGAAGGGGCUGUUUAUGUGCUGUAUGACUCUAUGGUAGGUGGGCCAGAUUGAGAGAAUCAAGAAUGUCCAACAAACACCCACAGCUUAGAAUGGUCUCACCUGCGGCCCAUUAUUGGCUAAGAGAUAUGGGGAACCAACUUGUAUUGAUUAAUAUUUAAUGAUCAGCGGGCAUCAAACUUAUAAAAAUGAGGACACAGCCUGUGCUCAUGGCAGGGAAUAGUUUAAUGAAGGUCCCUGCAAUAAGCAGGCAGAAUGUUUCUCCACCCUGAACACAAUCUAGGGAGGUUUGUCUGCAUGGCUGAGUAUUAGAUUGCUACUCAGUGGGUUGAAAUGACUUGGUUUUGGCCCAACUAAAUGCUCUUGAUUUGUGCCAAGUGCUUUGCAUUGGACUUUCCCAAGCUCUUCCUGAAAAGGGAAAAAUCGUCAGACUGAUUCUUGAGAGAGCGUGAGUCAACUGGGCCUACAUUCUCUGGAGUUUAUUAGAAUAAGAAGAGAUCUCAUUGAAAUCUGUAAUGUUCUGACAGUUCACCUCAGACCAGACGCAGGGAGGAUGCUUCCCCCAGCUUGGAGGUCAGUCUUAAGGUUUGGGGAAGACAUUUAGGACUGAGAUGUGGAGAUAUUUCUUCAAUCAGAGGUCGGUGAUCCUGUGGAAUUCUCUACCACAGAAAGUUGUGGAAGCCAAAGCACUGGAUAUAUUAAAGGAGAUAGAUAGAUUUCGGAACAGAAAAGGUAUCAAGGGGUAUGGGGAAAGAUCUGGAAUAUGGUAUGCUUGAAGAGCCGAGUGGCCUACUCCGACUAUUUUCCUGUGUCCCUAGGUCUAUUCUACAAGGUGGCUUGAACACAACAGCCUGGGUGGCAAGUUUCCCCCAAGCACUUAUUGCUGAAUGUUAGCACUUUCUUGCUUAUUAAAGAGGAACUUUACUCUCCAGCCAUUGUGUUUGGCUGAUGUGACCAGGGGCUAACUUAAAAAUCA